AUGUCAGUUCUAAAUGAUGCAUACAUGAACGUUGUGAGGAUAUUGCUGGGGCUUGUCGCGCCGCAUCAAAGUGGAGAUACUCGAAUUCUGAAGCUUAGCUUCACCCUAUUUCUCCCCAUUCAGGAUCUGGGGGCCAAAUACCAAAAAAAGCAAUUCGAAGACGCAUUUAUCUUGACUACUAUCCACUUUCAAAUUCUGGAUAUCAUGUCAUACGAUAAUUUAUCAUACUCGACUAUGGAACCACCUUUCUUUCAAGAGAAUAGAUCAAAUCCUCAAUCUUUCCGUCAUGAGGAUUUGAUGGAUAUUGAAAGUUCCUGGAUGGAGAAUAUUGAUCCACUUCUUCGUCAAGCUCAAAUUGUCUCUCCAGAUUUCGAUUAUCAACAAGAUCUACCACAACAACCUUUACAAAGAUUUAUCACAGAGCCAGGAAGAGCUUUCUUCACUGCCGAUGCAACCAUGACUCACUUCAAUAACUUUUCCCGACCAUUACCUAGAGCAUUCGAACCCGUUGGUGUCUUUCCUCAAGAUUCUCGAACAAGAAUGAUAUCACCUUCUCCAUCCCAAGAAUUAUCUUCCAACUGCAGUAGUGCCCGAAGUCCAGGUACCGAAACAGAUUGGUAUCAUGAUGGACUCUAUUCCCCUCAAGGUCAAGAAUAUUAUAAUCUACCCAUCACAACUCACACCACACCUACUCAAAGAUUCACCGAUAUAUAUAAUCAAUCACACACUCAACCACUACAACCCGCUGGAUAUCCUUGUGUUAAUCUUAGCGAUGUUCAAGCAUUUGCUGAUCCGCAAGAAGUCAAAUUCGAAGUCGAUGAUUCAUAUCCCAAUAUGGAUAUGCAUACCGAUUAUGCAAUUCAAACUUCUGACUCGAGCAGUCAUAAAUUAGCUUCUCAUAUAUUACAUUAUAGAGAUGAGGGAUUGGGAGCUUCGAUUCGAGAUGCUGCUUCUCCUCGAGCAGUUUCGGCUAAAGCUUCUAAUAAUGAUAAUACAUCUACAACUUCUGAUGCUGAUGCUGAUACUGAUGUUGAUGCAGAAAGCGAACUAGAUGUUGAUGUUGAAACCAAUGUGGAAAUGAAUAACGAAGCAGAAAUUGAUCCGGAAUUACUUCCCCCCGACAUUGAAGAGGAAGAAGAAGAAGAACCAUCCGAUGCAGAGUACACACCACGUCCCUCAACCCGAAAUCCACGUAAACGCAGCUAUACCACCAAAACCAUCUCACCCCCCAACACAAAACGCAACCGCAUCUCCAAACCCUCCUCUACAUAUACCUCCAAAUCAUCCAAAAUCUCUCUCGGCAACCUAUCCUGUAAACAAUGUACCCAAACCGGAUUCAAAGACCCCAGUACCCUCCAACGUCACAUCGCCUCAUCCCACACCCGCGCCUUCAUCUGCGUCUUCGAUUUCGCCGGCUGCAGCAGUACAUUUGCGUCUAAAAACGAAUGGAAGCGCCACGUAUCAUCUCAACAUCUCAAUCUACAAGCAUGGGUAUGCACACUAGGAGCAUGCGGAAAAGUACCACUAUCAUCGCAUUCGAGCGCGAUGAGGAAAGUUACGGGAGGAGAUAUGCAUGGAGAGAAGAUGGAGCAACAGAGAGGAUAUGAGGUUAAAGGAGCAGAGUUUAAUCGUAAGGAUUUAUUUACGCAGCAUUUGCGUAGGAUGCAUGCGCCGUUUGAGGUGAAGAGGAAGGGGAAGAUUAAUAGGGAGUGGGAGGAGAGAGUGAGGGAGUUGCAGAGGAGUUGUGAGAGGGUGAGGAGGGAACCGCCGAGUCGCUUGGGGUGUCCGGUUGAGGGGUGUGCGAUGGGGAGGUUUUUUGAGGGGAAGACGUGUUGGGAUGAGAGGAUGGAACAUUUGGGGAAACAUUUGGAGAGGUUGGGUGGGGGAGGGGGAGGGAAUUCAAGAGGAGGUAUCAAAAUGGGUAGUGCUGAGCGAAUAAUAACAGAACCCAAUACGACCCACACAGAACCAUUCAAUCACUCAACAUCAUACCCUAGCAAUUGCAAAACAACCCACGAACCCGAACCCGCACUCAAUCCCCCAAAAAUAAACCAUCAAAACGAUCCCCUCUUCCUCGAAUGGGCUGUACAGCAGAAAAUUAUCGAGCGGAAUCAUAGUCAAAGUCAUAGAGGAGAAUGGAAACUCUGUACCGGGGUCACAGAGACUGGAAGUGGAAGUGGAAGUGAGAGUGGAAGUGGAUGGAGCAGAAAAAAAUAUAUAGUUAGUACUAGAGAUACUGAUUCGUUGAAGAGAGAUAUGAGGGAAAAGGUUAAGGGAUCCCGGGAUUAUGAGGGUGUGCUUGCAAUUGGGGAGGUUGGUGGAGAGGAUGAGGAAGGAGAUGAAGACGCAGAGGGGGAGGAUGAGGAUGGCUGA